AGCAACGGUUACUAGGAGAGCUCCGCGUCGCGAGAAGCAGAUCCAGAGGUUCCUGCAGAUCCUCCUCCUCACACACGAAGAUUCCUGUUCCUGGAGGACUGAGGACAGUUGGAUGUUAGGAAGACGUUGUGCUGCUGGUGACUCACUGAAGGGACAUGUCCACUGGGCUUGAUGAGACAGCCGCAGACGUCCCAGUCAGAGACAUGGAUGUCGAUCUGUCCCGACUCACAGCUGCUGCACCAGACACGUGGACUCAUCAAAGUGCUCGGACGCGACAGGACGUCUCGCGGGUGUCCAGGGAGGAGCUGGAGGAUCGGUUCCUGCACCUCCAUGAUGAGAACCAGCUCCUGAAAGAGCACAACAACAAACAGGAGGACAAGAUCAAGAAGUAACACACAAGCAUGCACAAACACACACUAUAAACUCACACACACUCACACACUAACACACAUAUACACACGCACGCACAAACACACACAUGCACGUGCCGGU